CUCUGAGCUGCAGCAAGAGCUGAAGUCGGAGGUAGAGGAAAGGGAAAACAUGGAGGAGAUGAUUCCGUUCAAGAGCCUCCAUAGCAGGGAAUAUCAAGGUCACAAGAAGAAGGUGCACUCGGUGGCUUGGAAUUGUACUGGGACAAAGCUUGCUUCGGGUUCCGUUGAUCAAACAGCUCGUAUCUGGCACAUCGAGGCCCACGGUCAUAGUAAGGUUAAGGACAUGGAGCUGAAGGGCCAUACUGAUAGUGUGGAUCAGUUAUGUUGGGACCCCAAACACUCGGAUCUUGUUGCUACCGCAUCUGGGGAUAAGAGUGUUCGUCUCUGGGAUGCUCGUAGUGGAAAAUGCACACAACAAGCAGAACUUAGUGGGGAGAAUAUCAACAUUACAUACAAAUCUGACGGGACACACAUAGCUGUUGGUAAUAGGGAUGACGAACUAACGAUUCUGGAUGUUCGUAAGUUUAAGCCUCUACACAGGCGCAAGUUCAAUUAUGAGGUAAAUGAGAUUUCUUGGAACAUUUCGGGAGACCUGUUUUUCUUGACUACUGGACUUGGUACGGUUGAGGUUCUGUCAUAUCCAUCUCUCCAUCGUCGUGAUACCCUCACUGCCCAUACAGCUGGGUGUUAUUGCAUCGCAAUUGAUCCCAAAGGAAGGUAUUUUGCUGUUGGGAGUGCGGAUUCUUUAGUUAGCCUCUGGGAUAUAUCGGACAUGCUUUGUUUGAGAACGUUCACCAAACUCGAGUGGCCUGUGAGAACAAUAAGCUUCAACUACACAGGAGAUUAUGUUGCUUCUGCCAGCGAGGAUUUAUUCAUCGAUAUUUCUAACGUGCAAACUGGGCGUACAGUACAUCAGAUUCCAUGCCGGGCUGCCAUGAACAGCGUUGAGUGGAAUCCUAAAUACAAUUUACUGGCAUAUGCAGGUGACGACAAAAAUCCCAAGUAUAAUGCCGAUGAAGGUGUUUUCCGAAUAUUUGGUUUUGAGAGCUCAUAGGAACAACAUGAUACGCAUUCUUGAUCUCUCAGCCUUCAAAUUACGAUAUCCGGCCUUUUAUCCAACCGAUGGCAGUCAUCAGGACCGUCUCCACGGCCUCCAGAUGAAUUUCAUCAACCUUUGUAGCAAUGGCUGGCGAGAAACUAUACUAUUGAAACUUUUUUCAGAGGAUCUUGGUUGGUUUAGGCUUUGUAUUUACCCUACUUUGAGAUACUGCAUUUUUUUGAUUAAACAUGACUUUGACCUUACACAA